AUGGACAAGAAUAGCGGAACCAGCAGUUCAAAAGGAAGAAGUUUCGCUGGCCGGAAAGUUCCAAAUGCAAAUAAUGCCUCUGAAGAGCUAUACGAAGUGGAUGAAUUUGCAGCAAAAGCCCUCACAGGAAAGCUGACCACAGUUUUUCUUCCCAUUGUCUAUAUCAUUGUCUUUAUCGUUGGUUUGCCAAGCAAUGCCAUGGCCCUCUGGGUCUUUUUUUUCCGAACAAAGAAGAAACAUCCAGCUGUGAUUUAUAUGGUUAACUUGGCAUUGGCAGACCUUCUUUUUGUUGUCUGGUUCCCACUGAAGAUUGCAUACCAUGUAAAUGGCAAUAAUUGGUUAUUCGGUGAAGGUCUCUGCAAAGUACUUGUUGGGUUUUUCUAUGGAAAUAUGUAUGGUUCCAUUCUCUUUAUGACAUGUCUUAGUGUGCAACGGUAUUGGGUUGUAGUGAACCCCAUAGUGCAUUCAAGAAAGAAAUCUGAAAUUGCCUUGGGCAUCUCCCUUGCUAUCUGGACACUGAUUUUGUUGGGUACCAUUCCGUUGUAUCUUGUUAAUCAGACGGCACAUAUUUCAAAUCUUAACAUCACCACCUGCCAUGAUGUGUUGCCUGAAAAUGUUUUGGCUCAUGAUAUGUUCAGUUAUUUCGUCUCACUUGCAAUUGGACUCUUCUUAAUCCCAGCUCUCCUCACUGCUGUUGCUUACAUACUAAUGAUUAAGACUCUGAAUGCUUCCAUCUCAGAUGUAAGCACUGGGAAAAAACGAAAAAGAGCAAUCAAACUCAUUAUCGUUGUGCUGUCCAUGUAUCUCAUCUGUUUUACACCUAGCAACGUGAUACUUGUUGUGCACUAUUUGCUCCUCAAAACCUACAACCAGAGCUCUCUGUAUGUUUCGUACAUAACUGCACUGUGUCUUUCUACCUUGAACAGUUGCAUUGAUCCAUUCAUCUAUUACUAUGUUUCAAAAGACUUCAGAGACAACCUUAAAAAUGCUCUUCUUUGCCGAAGUGUGCGAACUACCCGGAGGAUGCAAGUGUCUCUCUCAUCAAGCAGAUACCCCAGGAAAUCAAAUUCUUACUCCUCAAACUCAAAUGGGACCACUAAAUCAACCUACUGA